AAGGGUCCAGUGCGUGAGCCUAAUGCGAUUAUCAUAUCGGCAGAAGCCCGACCCUGCCGGAUAAUGGUUGAGUGACUCUGCUAAUCUAGAUCACGGCUCCGUGAAAUGUCCUGGCAAUGAAGCGUUGUCCAAGCUUGAUGACCAAAGAAGUCGUAUUUUUGGCCUGAAUGGACUCGGAGUGAAUCUUUCAAGACAUGGCUACACUCGCAGCGGCCUCCGAGUCCAACAAGGCACAUAUUACGGCCCAAGAUGUGCUCGACAUAGUCCAGAGCCUCAACGUCUCACUACCCGAGAGCGAAGUGUCUGAGUGGCACGAGAUUAUCGCCUCAGUCCAAGAAUCCAUCGACGUGGUUGAAGCUUUGCCGGACUACGUGCCAAUUGUUGACACGGAUCGAUACCCACGACAAAAUGUCCACCGACCAGUUCGAGACGAGAACCCAGGGAAUGCCUGGGCAUGGAAGGUGAGGAUUGAAGGCGACAAGGACGACUCAGGCAUUUUGUCUGGUGUCACCUUUGCCCUGAAGGACAACAUUGCAGUGAAGGACGUGCCCAUGCUCGUGGGGACUGAUGUCUUCACCGAUUACAUUCCUGACACGGACGCUAACGUGGUGGGACGAAUAUUGGAAGCUGGCGGCACGAUUGAGGGAAAAGCCGUCUGCGAAAAUUUGUCGCUAUGCGCAUCAUCCUUCUCCGCAGCCACAGGACCUGUGGACAAUCCAUACGCAAAGGGCUACACGACUGGUGGCUCGUCGAGUGGAUGCGGCCAUCUGGUGGGUGCUGGCAUAGUCGACGCUGGCAUAGGGGGCGAUCAAGGAGGAUCGAUCCGGUUUCCGGCCAGCUAUUGCGGUAUUGUGGGCAUGAAACCGACCUGGGGCCUCGUACCAUGGACUGGGAUCAUGACGCACGAUCCAGUCCACGACACAGCCGGGCCCAUGACUCAGACAGUGGCUUUGAACGCCAACGUGCUUCAGGCCAUCGCGGGCAGAGACGAUAUCGAUGAUCGUCAAUAUGCCGCACCACUGCCCGCGAACCUGCCAAAUUAUUCAGCCUCUCUCAACAAAGGUGUUUCCGGACUCAAAAUCGGUAUGCUCCAGGAAGGCUUUGCCUUUGGAGUCAUAGAUCCUGGAGUGAAGCAGAAGGUGCUGGAUGCCGCAGAGCGGUUCAAGAGCUUGGGCGCAGAAGUUAUACCCGUCAGUGUCCCCCUCCAUAGCCAGGCUGGACAUAUUGUCAAUUGCGCAUUGCGACCGGCGGCCUCGCAACAAGGUUAUUUGGGUAAGGCGUGCGGUCGAAGAGCUCUGUACAUGACAGGGCUGGCCGAGAAGAUGAAUCCAUUGACCCAGGACAAAUUCGACAAAAUGUUUUCGACGUCCAAAUUCUCCCUACUUUCCGGUCUCCAUGUUUGGUCUAAGCACCCCACGCUCUAUGGCAAGGCCAUGAAUCUAUAUCGCCGGCUACGCGACGAAUACGACGCGGCAUUGAGGCAGGUGGAUGUGCUCAUAACUCCCACAACUCCAUAUGUGGCAGACCGCCAUGCGGUUCCUGAUGCUGGACCGGCAGAGCAGAUGGCCAAGAGUCGUGGGGUGGCGGUCAAUACGGUCUGUUUCAAUGCGAGCGGCCAUCCCGCCAUGAGCUUACCAGUUGGCUUCUUGUCCGCCGAAGACGACAGCAGCAUCAAGCUGCCUGUGGGCAUGCAGAUUGUUGGAGGCAUGUUUCAGGAAGAAAUGAUAUAUCGAAUUGGAGCAGCUUGGGAGAGGGCGUUCGAUUGGAAAAGGUUAUAGGGAGUAUAAUGUAGACUCCACUUGUGAGAUCUAACGUCAAAUUGCAUGAAGGCCGUCGAGACGCAGGAUUUCCAUAGCCGUGUUCGCCCGAACAAAAGGGGCAAUCGAUCGUGUAGGAGGUGGUCUGCUUGCUACUGUAGGGCCGCGUCUUCGCCGAUAAGAGCCAAGCCUGCAUAGGGGCUAUUCAACCGGGAUACUUUAGGU